AUGAGAAUAACCAAAAGGGCGUAGUAUCUGGUAUGUGUUUUGUUUUUGUUUUUUGUUUUGCUUUUCGUCUAAGGGAAGGAGUACGAUAUACACAUAAAACUGUUUAUUUCCACAUGUUUCCGAGUUUUCAUUCGCCACGGUCAGUCCUCCGAAAUUACGUUAGAGCAGAACGAGAAAAUCUUCACCAGUGAUUUGAAAUUGACAUCCGAACGGCCGAGUGUCUUUCGUAGCCGGCAGCCGGUCAGCCAUUUCUAAUCUCCUCAACAGUUGACAGCGGACUCUGAUCAUCGUCUUUUUACAGAGCAGACGUUAUUCAUGCACAUAUUUCACCCUGAUAAUAUAAACACAAACAGCAAUAGAAUUCAUCUUGAGUGAGAGAAAAAUAAAAGACAAGGAUAAUGGAGGACUAUCUGGAAAUCUCGCUGAAGGAAGAGAUCUCAUCUUGUGACAGUGAUGGAGUGAGCAGCUCAAACAGGGAUGAGGAUGAGGAGGAAGAGUAUGAGGAGCAGCAGGCAGGGGAGUGCUUUGAGGAGGAGCCAGGGAGUGAGGAUGCCUUUUUCCAGGUGGGCAAACGCUUUGAUACUCUGGAGGAGCUGGAGGAGGCACAACAGCAGUACCAGUAUGCCAACUACUGUGAACUUUGGAAGCGGGAUGUGCGCACGCUGGAGUCAGCCAAGAAGCGUGCGCCCAAACGAGUCAACAUGGCCAAGACGGCACUCAGGUACUACUCGGUAAAGCUCUCAUGCAAAUUUGGUGGGAAAGCACCAGUGCAGAGGACUGACAAGAAGCGCUCAUCUUGUUCUUUCCGCCAAGGCUGCCCCUUUGAGGUCUAUCUGCGUCUUUCUCCAGAUGGCAAUGCUCUUGAGGUCCUCAAUGUCAAUGACAUCCACAACCAUGCACUCACCCGGGAUGCCUUCCGUCCCCAGCCGCAACCCCACAUCACAGAAGCUGAGCGGUAUGCCCGUGCCUUGCGCACUGCCCUCAGCUUGGCCUCCAGUGCAUGUGCUGGAGGAAUGAAGCUCUUCAGCAUUAGACUUAGCCAGAUGAAUGGCCUCUUGCGCCAGUGGAGGAGCAAUGAUGGCCACUGUGGUCAGGCCAGCAGGGAGGCUGAUGAGGUCCUAGACCACUUCCUCACCCGCUUAGGGGACAAGGAAAUUAAAGAUGCACUGCAUAUAUCCAGCAAAAGGAUAAAGUUGAAAGUUCAAAGGUCAAAUAAUGGUAGGGAGGGAGAGAGUGGAUACACAACAGAAGAGUCUGUGAUAAAGACCAAGACAAAUGAGAAAGUGACUGACAAGCAACCAGACAGUAGAGUUGUGACCAGAAUAAGUAAGAGAGGGCGACCUAAAGGAAAGGAUCCAACAGCCCUGAGCCCACCCCAAAGUGCCAAGAAGACAAAGCAGGACACUGAUGAAGGCCAGCCAAAGCCCUUUCGAAAACUGCGGGUGAGAGAGAAACACCGAGUUAUGCUUGAGUGCUUCGUUAGCAGCCCAACUGCCAAGAAGGCUCUCCAGGGAACCCUCAUCUCAGUAAAUGAAGUGCAGACAAACGUCAACGACAUUCCUGAUCUGGUCCGAGAUGAAGACAAUGUGGAUCUGCAGCAAGUAGAGAGGUAUUUCAGCAGUGAGGCCUGGGAUGUUGUCCUCAACCUUGUCAAGAAGAAGGAAAACAGUCAGUGGAUUUGUGCUCCCUGCACCAAAACCAUAAAGGAGAAUGAACGGAGUGUUGCGUGUGAGAGAUGUUUGUCUUGGUUUCACUUCCCUUGUGCACUGCUCUCCAAGAGACCACCUAGAGAAUACUGGUUUUGCAGAGACUGUAAGAGUAAAUAUGUGUGAUAUAUAUAUAUAUAUAUAUAUAUAUAUAUGUGUGUGUAUGUGUGUGUUUUCUUUCUUUCUUUCUUUGUUUUUUUCUUUUGGUUAUAUUAAACCAACUUAUUUUAAUUGUUUCAUCCUGAAAUUUUGAACCUCAUAUGUGGACAUAUGUAUCCAAAUCUAAGAUAUGGUAUUGUACAAAUUAAAGAAAUUCUUUCUGUUAUUUUUAUAUAUAUACAGAAAAAUACUUUCACUUUCUUUGUAAUUUGCAAUGGGAAAAAUUGUCAUGAAGGACAUGUUAAUCGUCAGAAAAUGGACCUAUAGUCAAGGAACUCUUGUGCUAGGUUGGAUAAAAUCUUUGUAAGCAUUAGAUGCUUGAAAAACAUUUGGACAACUUUUCAUUUUUGUUAUAGGCUUAUCAAAGAUUACUUUUUUCAGCUUGGAAGAUAAAUAGGGGCAGGGGGAGGAAUAAUUCACCAGUGAAGUUGUACUUGAAAUUUAUUGUCUGGCUGAUGUCUGACUUACUGAAUAUGUAUGAAGGGAACAGAUUUAAUAAAAUAUUUAUUUUAUUAUAAAAAAAA